UUACUACAUCAUUCACUCUGACAGUUGACAUUUACCGUCUCAAAAUGUUUUCGUAAAUAUCUGAAUAUUUAAAUAAUUAUAAUUAAAAAUAACUUGUCCACUACAGUGCUAGUGACAAGUUAGCAAUAUAACACAUUUCGCAAAGUUUUUUUUAUGUGUAAACGCAAAUAACCUCAAACGUGGUGAACUUUGUUACAUAAAGUUAUUUCCUUGAAUUAAAAAUGGAAAGUGCAUCGAAUAAUACGAUACGCGUCGGGUCAAGGAAGAGCGAGCUGGCCCUCAUACAAACGAAUCAUGUUAUUGCCUGUUUGAAAAAGGCAAAUCCUGAUAAAGAGUUUGACAUUGUAACCAUGACAACUUUAGGUGACAGGGUUUUAGAUCAGCCCUUACCAAAGAUAGGAGAGAAGUCCCUCUUCACCAAAGACCUUGAAGAUGCUCUAAUGAGUAACAGGGUUGACUUCGUAGUGCACUCUCUAAAGGACAUGCCCACUACGUUACCUGAUGGUCUCGCUAUUGGCGCUGUUUUUGAAAGAGAGGAUCCAAGAGAUGCAUUAAUUCUUAAGGAGGAAUUCAAAGGUCACUCGUUAUCAAGUUUACCCGAAGGUUCUGUUAUAGGUACGUCAUCGCUCCGUCGCACGGCACAGCUGCGCGGGUCCUACCCUCAACUGAGUGUUGUGGACGUGCGCGGGAACCUCAACACGCGCCUGCGCAAGCUCGACGAUCCUGAGGGACAGUACGCCGCGCUCAUACUCGCGCACGCUGGGAUAUGAGAGGAUGGGCUGGGGG